ACCAAACCGGUUUUCACACACACCUACACUCAUAAUCCGAUCCCUUAUCAAUGCAACAAACCAAAACAAACUAAACCGGAUUUAAAUCGGUCUGAAGUCUGAACCCAACAACUCUUCUCUUUUUCUUCUCGUUCUCGUAUAAAGUUUUUAGCUUUAAAUCUCAGUGUCAGGUUUUGGUGGGUUUAUUCUAGUGAAGAAGCAAAACAAUGGGGGACGAAGCAAAGAUCUUCACUCUUUCAGAAGUUUCAGAGCAUAAUCACGCUCAUGAUUGUUGGAUUGUCAUCAAUGGAAAGGUGUACAAUGUCACCAAGUUCCUUGAAGACCAUCCUGGUGGUGAUGAAGUUCUCUUGUCUUCAACAGGUAAGGAUGCAACGGAUGAUUUUGAGGACGUGGGUCACAGCGAGAGCGCUAGAGAGAUGAUGGAACAGUACUACGUAGGAGAGAUUGAUCCAACAACAAUCCCAAAGAAAACCAAAUACACACCUCCUAAACAGCCUCACUACAAUCAAGACAAGACCUCUGAGUUCAUAAUCAAGAUCCUCCAGUUCCUCGUACCCCUUGCCAUUCUCGGUUUGGCAGUUGGGAUUCGUAUUUACACAAAAUCAGGGUAGUCUUCUUUUUUUCUGAGAAUUACGCCCACAUAUCUUAUAUAUACAGAGAGUGAGAGAAAGAGAUUUAAGUCUUUUGAAAAGACAAAUCUCAAAUUCUCUCCCUUUGUUCUUGUUUCUCUGCAUCCAAUUUUCCUUGUUUGAA